AUGGGCAUAAUGCCUCCUAUUGAUGAGAAACCACCUGGCGUGGAGCGUAUCGAAGACAUAAUGGUCGAUAAAACCCUGACCCAAGAGGGGGAAGAAUUCACGCCCGAGGAACAGAAGAAAAUUAUUCGGCGUAUUGAUCUUCGUCUUGUCACAAUGACCGGGCUGGCUUAUUGCGUUUCGCUCAUGGAUCGGACGAACUUGAGUAUGGCUGCCGUUGCUGGUUUGACAAAAGAGUUGGACUUGGAGCAUGAUAAUCGCUAUUCAAUCGCCGUGUUGAUGUUUUUCGUGCCGUACGUGCUUUUCCAGCCACCGAUGACGAUCUUGAUUCGAAAGAUUGGCCCAACUAUUUUCCUUUCGACAAUUAUAAUGACCUGGGCUGUGAUCCUGAUUGGAACCGGUUUCGCGAAGGACUUUGGCCAAUUGGUCGGGCUACGAGUUCUGCUUGGCGUUUUAGAGGCCGGAUAUUUCCCAGGAUGUGUAUACCUGCUGUCUUGCUGGUAUACUCGAUAUGACGUCCAAAAGAGAUUUUCAAUUUUCUAUCUGAUUGGAUGCGUUGCAUCUGCGCUCUCUGGUAUUCUAGCAUUUGGCUUGAUGCAAUUAAAUGGUCAGCAUGGCUUGUCAGGCUGGCGAUGGAUCUUCAUCCUGGAAGGAGUGAUCAGCGGAGCUAUCAGUAUUCUGUGCUUUAUCUUCCUUGUCGACUUUCCCGACCGUGCGUCCCGGUCCUGGAAGUUCUUGAACGAGGCCGAGUGUGCCUUUAUCGUCCGUCGCAUCGAGAAUGACCGCAAGGAUGGCCACCUGGAAGCAUUCUCGCUCAAGAAGUUCCUGAAGCCAGCGUUGGAUCCGAAGAUUUGGGCAUUUGCUAUGAUCUUUUUUUGUCUUACCACUGUCACCUACGCGAUCGCGUACUUCCUGCCCAUCAUUCUCCGCUCCGGCAUGGGCUUCGACAUCGGCCAGUCACAAUGCCUAGUGGCGCCUCCCUACGUAUUCGCAGGUAUCGUCAUGUACACUGGUGCGUGGAUCGGUGACAAAUACCAUAUGCGUGGACCGAUCCUGAUCGCCAAUGCGCUGUUGUGCAUCAUCGGGCUCCCGAUGAUGGGCUUCGCCAAGGGUAACGCGACCCGCUACGCCGGUGUCUUCCUAACGGUCGCUGGAGCAAACGCGAACAUUCCAUCAUGUAUGGCCUACCAGGCGAACAAUGUGCGAGGACAGUGGACGCGAGCUUUCUCCAGUGCCACUCUGGUUGGCUUUGGUGGACUGGGUGGAAUCGCGAGCAGUUUGGUGUUCCGUGACAAGGACGCGCCAGAGUACCGACCGGGAAUGUAUGCGGCUCUUGCGUGUAACAUCUUGAUCAUUUUGAUUGUCUGCGUUAUGAGCGUGUGGCUCCGGUUCUGCAAUCGGCAGGCUGAUCGGGGCAAGCGGGUCAUUGAAGGUGAACCCUCAUUUCGGUAUACGAUCUGA